AUGCAAUUCCAUGAGUUUUUGCAUGUGAUUGGGCCUGAAGUCGACGACGCUGAAGAAGAGGCCUUCUCCCUAUUCUCUCAGCAACUGCCCUCGCAUACCCUUGGCUUUGUCGAUUCGCGCGCAAGCACACUCGAUCUCACGAUCCACGGACGGGAUUUUGUAAUACGCCAGUCACCAACUAUUCUCUCUUCAACCCGCUCGGGCGGUACUACGGGAGCAGUCGUGUGGAAAAUAACCCCCUUAAUCGCAGAAUGGCUCUCAUCUAAACAAAACAUCUUCUGGACAUCCUCAGUCCUAAACCCGGAUUCGACUAUCGUAGAGCUCGGCUGCGGAAUAUCAGGCCUAAUAGCCAUGACCUUGGCUCCAUCCGUCAGCCAUUACAUCGUUACUGACCAAGAAUACGUACACAGGUUACUAAAGGAAAACCUCGAAAGCAAUUCCAGAGCCACAGGUACAGGUACAGGAAAAACUAGCACAACAACAUCGCGCCACCAUAAUCACCACAAUGGCCGCCGCUCCCGCAAACAAACCCAUUUUUCUUCUGGAUGCCAACCAGACGAUCCGAUGGCGAAUAUCAUAUUUACCACGCUGGACUGGGAAUUCGACUCCCCUUCCACGCUGAAACAGGUUCUUGACAUCCGUGUACAAGGGGCAGAAUCCCAUCCUUCCUCAGGUAGCCAACAUAACGCUACCUCUGGCAAAAAGGGAGAAGAGCCAAGGGAAAUGGAAGGAGCAGCGAAGGGAGAUCCUGGCUUCGACCUCCUUCUCGCCUGCGACUGUAUAUAUAAUGAUGCCCUGAUCGAGCCAUUCGUGCAGACGUGCGCGGAUAUCUGUCGUUUGCGACCUGGUUUUAUACCUCCAAGUUCCCCGUCCCCAGAGGGGGAGGGAGAGGGGAUGGGUACAUGUGUUCAGGAAUCAUCGUCCUUCGCUGCAGACAGGAGGAAUCCUACGGUAUGUGUUAUUGCGCAGCAGCUGCGGGCGCCGGAUGUGUUUGAGUCGUGGCUGCAGGCAGCCCUGGAGGAGUUUUGGGUGUGGAGGGUUUGUGAUGAGGUUGCGGGGAAGGAGUUGGAGGGGGGGUCUGGGUAUGUGGUUCAUGUGCUUGUGUUGAGGGGGUAG